AUGUAUAUUGAAGAGAUCCCGUCUGUGUGCAUCCCAACAUUCGCAAAACUCCUACAAUUCCGACCCAAUGAAGCUCCAGAAGCACUGUCAUCGCGAAUCGCCAAGGGGGUAAAGUCGAUACCUUCUUUUCUCAGGUCGAGUCGGUUGGAGAAUAUCCUCUUGCCGCCUCGCGGCCACCUCUGUCAGCAACACAAAGCCCUAUACUACGAUGCCGUGGAUGUCGUGCUGCAUCAUGUCCAGCUUGAGGUGGGAAUUCGUCUCAACAAUCUCAUUGCGCACUGCGAUCUGCUCUCUCCCGAGCAGUACGAUCGAGUCAUGAGACUUCGGGCACUGCACGCCUUGUGGCUCACACAGGACGAGUACGCAAAGACCUUCUUGGUCUCAAGCCAGGACUCGAAGUGGAGUUACCAAAGUGACCGCUGCUAUGCAUGCAUCCUGUCCCGCAUUACAUGUGAUCUGGAGAUUCUCCUGGACCUGAGGUGGACAAUCAGGUCGAGGGCAACGUCAACUUUCGUCGCCGCGCAUGGAACCCCGAGACUCCAAUCAUGGGUGCAGGUGUGGAUUGCCGCGCUGGCGAGAUGUGUGGAGAGGGCGACGGGUCAAGAUAUCGACCUCGACACCAUUAUGCUCCAGAAUGAGGAGCAAGCAGUGGCGCUGAAGAAGACAAGAGCUAACAUCGAAGCAGUGAAGAAGGAGAAAUACAAGUACAUGAAGCUGAGCAGAACGAAAAGCGGAAGAACAAGAGCCAAGCGCACCGGCAGCUCUCGCCUUGCUCCCAAUCCCCCGGUUGCCCCUGAGCACGAAGCUUCAGGAUCAGCAAAUCUGGACGGGGCCUGUGACAACCAUGCCGGUGAAGGUCUGCCAGGAGAACCGAACGAAGACGAUCUCCCGGGCAUGGAUGCCUAUGAGGCGCUGACCAGCACGACCUACCUUCCAAAUCAGCCACGUCCUCACACGAAAUUUCCAUUCGAAUCAGAUAUCAGCUCUGUUUCGGGUGACCCAUCCACAAAAGGCCAAAGUCCUUACGGACGUUCUUCCUCGACCACUGAACGAGCAUUACGCUUUGGCGUUGUCGAAGACCCACCAUCUGCUUCUUCACGGACGCGCAAAACCCCUACUCACCAGGAGGAACCGCUUGAAUACAUACCGCCGCGGUCACAGUGGAAGACAUCACGACAAGAAGAACCAACACGACCGGCCACCAACGACAGGGUAUACCGGCCCUUUGGCUCGUCAAGAGAUUCUUGGGAAACAGACCCUGUCUUGGCUUCGGCUUCGAGCAUUUACUCUGUGGCAACCACGGUGUCCAAGACCCUGUCAGGUACAGGACACAAUCUGCCAUUGGAAAAUCCGAGACACUGUGCAGCAGAAACAUACAUCGACCUCGUCGCCCCAUCUCCAUUCACAACCACAUCUGAAACACCCUCGAGACCGAAACCCGUACCGGGUUCUAGACUGGCACCUUUCACGCCCCCGUCCUCGGCAUCAGAUCUAUUCCUCCGUCUGUACGACGAAGUCAGCCGCUCUGCAGCAGAUGUAGGCACGACCACGCUUUCACCGAGAUCGGCUCCUAUACCUGUAGUGCGGCAGGACCCGUUGAAGCCUUCGCGGCGUUUGGCGUCUUCAACAGAAGAGAUCCUUGACCUGUACGACGACACGAUCAGUUCCACCCCUCCGGACAAAAGCCCCAGCUCCUCGUCGCCGGACACGCCCCCCACACCAUCGACAUCGGCAUGGGCGGCACCGGGGAAGAAGUCGACCGCCGAGCGCCUAUCUGUGAGGGUGCACACGAGUGAGAGACGGAACCACGACAGAAGGACCUUGACCCACGCCAACCACACUGACGUGCACGUGCGGGACAGUCCAGUAUCGCGAAGCUCAGCCAGUCGGAGCGAAAGCAAACACCACAGCCAGAUCCAGAGCCAGAGCCGAUCCCGGGUCAGUGAGAGCAAGGACGACGUCCAAUCCACGUGGAGCGGAGCGUACGAGGCGGAGAUUGCCUCGAGGAAUGAUCUCGGUUGGUAUUACCAAGGCAGGAGGAGAUAG